AUGUGGCCGGCCAAAUCGUACCGUGGCACAACAGCGACCGCCAAAGUGUCAAACCCAGUUCUCCAUAAGACCAACCCUUCUCCAGCCUCUUUCUCCAACGCCGUCCCCGCGUCCCCCAUGAGCAAUGGUGUCUAUGUCAACGACAAGAAGUUUGCUUGUGAAUCCUGUAUCAAGGGCCACAGAUCGUCCUCUUGUCACCACACAGACCGACCUCUGUUCGAAAUAAAGAAGAAAGGACGGCCUGUGUCCCAAUGCACCAAGUGCCGCGAGCUCCGCAAGUCGAAGAAGGUUCACUCGAAAUGCACCUGCGAUAACAACAGCCAGAAGGCCCGGAAAGAGCAGCUCGUACCACUGUCUACAAGCUCGAAGACACGUCGAUACAUCCCGAUCGUACCAGCCCUUCCCAAUGGCCUCAAAGAUGCCCUCCAAAGCUCGAAAUCUCCCGCCAUACCCGCCGACGAGCGUCAACGGGUUGAUUCACUACUGAACCCAUGCACUUGCCAAGACGUUUGGAACUGUAAAUGCCAGGCAGCUGGUCCGAGCUCUCUCGCCCAGCAACAGCCUAUCGCUAUGAAGAGUCCCAAUCCCCUCGAAGCUCUGGCUCACGUCGCUUCGCUAAGACGCAAUGAGGAACGCUCGACCAGCCUUUCAGGCACCUCCCGUGCCGGACCAUCUGCUCCCCCCACCCGCAAGGCUAAAAUCCCUCGCCCUCGUCCGCACAGCCCACAGCAUCAUACCUCUCGCAAACGUGCAAAGCCGAGCUCCCCAGGAACUUCCCCUGUCCCAUUGCCAGAUAUGGGCACUCCUUCCAUGCGCAUAAUCGCACCUGGCCCCGUUCUACCCACCACUUUCCCAGACUUUGGUGUCCUACCCGCUGCAAGUUUUGCCACUCCUUGCGUCGACUCGGGAUGUACCUGUGGGAUGCAAUGCGCCUGCCCAGGAUGCAUACAACAUCGGGGAGCUUCCCACGCAUCAGCCGACCACAAGGAUUGCGGAGAAGGGUGUGGGACCUGUAUCGACCGGAGCACAACAGAACUCCGACUCAAUGCAUCCAGAGGGACAUGGGAGACAACAGCACCUUCUUUCUCGAUUGGGCUUUCCUCAUCGUCUUCUUCUUCGGCCUCCCUUUCGGCGUCGUUUCUGGACCAAUUCUUUGCUCGAGCGGCUGCUCUCCCUCCUCCCCCUACCAAUCGCCGGGUGGCCCUUGACCCGACCGAUACUUCCACCACGGUGGAAUCAAGCAAUCUACCCAAGCUGGAUUGCUGCGGUGGUGCAUGCCUCUGUCCCAGGGGAAGCUGCUCCUGCCGCGCGAGUUGCGGGGGCGCUUGUUUGGAUGACCACCUGCAGCAACUUGCUCAGCCCAUACCUCCCGUUGUUGCCACCCCUUCUCACACUCCAAAAAGUUGCUGUGCUGGGAAACGAGCUACAGCGGCACUUUCCAUCGCUUAG